GAGUAAUAUUCUAUUGAAUAUAUAUAUACCACAUUUUCUUUAUCCAUUCAUCUAUUGAAGUACACCUAAUUUGGUUCCAUAGUUUAGCUAUUGUGAAUGGAGCUGAUAUAAAAAUUGACAUGACAUCUCAUUUUAAGCAAUCCUAAGUAAUCCUGUGAGGCAAACAUUAUUACUAUUAUUCUUAUUUUAUAAAUGAAUACUGAACUUAUCAAUUAGUAGAUGCCAACUAUUUGGAGAAGAUUUGGUUAUGGAGAAUAUAGUCAAUUAGAUAAUUGCCAAAUAUAUGCUUUGUUUUCAUACCUUUGUGGAUGAAAUAUAGGAGAUUCUGCUACUUUGAUGCUGGAUUUGAAUGUUUGACUUUAAUUAUCCAAUGCAAUUCUGGCAGACAAGAAAUGAAUAGAGAUUUGAAAUGUGCUCGUGCAAUCUGACUUGCUCUUCUGCACUUCUGCUAUCACCAUGAGCAUAACAUGCUCAUGAGGACCCACAGGUAUCAGAAACAUGGAAGACAUGCAGACGAGACUGGACUGACUUGCAGCUUGGUGCCAACACCUGUUGAGCGUAGCCUACAGCUAUAAAAUGCUUUUAGUUUGACCAAACUCAGGAGCUGGACAUGUCUCCCGGGGACCCUAAAUGGCUUGAUGUGAUUGAGCGUGACCUUCACAGACAGUUCCCUUUCCAUGAGAUGUUUGUGUCCCGUGGAGGUCAUGGCCAGCAGGACCUGUUCCGUGUGCUAAAGGCCUACACGCUGUACCGACCUGAGGAGGGCUACUGCCAAGCCCAGGCGCCUAUUGCUGCUGUUCUACUCAUGCACAUGCCUGCUGAGCAAGCCUUCUGGUGUCUGGUACAGAUCUGUGAGAAGUAUCUGCCUGGCUACUACAGUGAGAAAUUGGAGGCGAUCCAGCUGGACGGCGAGAUCCUCUUCUCAUUGCUGCAGAAGGUUUCACCUGUGGCCCACAAGCACCUCAGCCGUCAGAAGAUUGACCCGCUGCUCUACAUGACAGAGUGGUUCAUGUGCGCCUUUGCCCGCACCCUGCCCUGGAGCUCUGUGCUGCGUGUCUGGGACAUGUUCUUCUGUGAGGGAGUCAAGAUCAUCUUCCGGGUGGGGUUGGUGCUACUGAAGCAUGCACUGGGCUCCCCAGAGAAGCUCAAAGCCUGCCAGGGCCAGUACGAGACCAUCGAGCAACUGCGGAGCCUCAGUCCCAAGAUCAUGCAGGAAGCCUUCCUGGUUCAGGAGGUGGUAGAGUUGCCUGUGACAGAGCGCCAGAUUGAGCGUGAGCAUCUCAUCCAGCUGCGGCGCUGGCAGGAGACACGGGGUGAGCUGCAGUGUCGCUCCCCACCCAGGCUGCAUGGUGCCAAGGCCAUCCUAGAUGCAGAGCCCGGACCCCGGCCUGCCCUGCAACCUUCACCGUCCAUCCGCCUACCCCCAGAUGCACCCCUCCCUGGCUCCAAAGCCAAGCCCAAGCCUCCCAAGCAGGUUCAGAAGGAGCAGCGGAAGCAGACAAAAGCAAGUGGGCAACUGGAUAAGUCCCUGUCCCCCAACCAAGCCGCGGUAGUGACGGCUGCAGGAGAUGCAUGUCUCUCACAGGAUGUGCCCUCAAAGGACCUGGCUUCUCAGGACCCAGCACCCCAGGACUCAGCACCCCAGGACUCAGCACCCCAGGACUUAGCCCACCACUGCUCCCAGGAGAGCCUGACAUCCCAGGAGAGUGAAGAUACCUACUUGUAACCCCGGCAGCUCAGGCCUCCAGGGUGGGGGUCUCCACACACCUACAUGAUUUGAAGACUGAUGCUCCAGGUCCUGCUCACCCAAGGGUCCCACUGCUUGGCCACUGGGCUGGGAGAGUCUGGCUGGACUAGCACAGAUUCUGCCUGAGCCUCCUUAUUUAUUUUCUCUAGAGUGGAGCUCUGGCUGGCCCAGCCAGGGCAGACAGAAGCCAGGGCCAAGUGGGUGGGGCCUCAUUCAGCACCCUUCCUGGAUGCUCCCAGGAUUAGGGUGCUGGCAUGAGGAGAGAGGGUGGGGUGCCCUUUGUGUAAAAUAGAAAUGUGAUUUUGUACAGAAAUAAACAGGCUUGUGUAGAGA